CACGAGCGUUCAUUUAAAUACGUAACAUAUAUAUAUGGGUGGAGAAGAAAUUGGGAACCUUCCCAAUCCACCACCUAUUUUUUAAUUAGAAUUAUAAAUUAUAAACGGCGUUCGUUAUAUUUUUAAAAUUACGGUGGCCACUAAAGUAUAAAACUAUUUUCCUAACAAUUUUUUCCGGUUUCCCAAGUUUCCUCCUCUCUCUCAAGGUCUCAUUUAGCGUCUUCUCUCUCUUCUACGCCGUGAAACCGAUUUCCUCUGGCCGUUAACCGUUUUCCCGAUUCAGUUUCUAGCCGAGGACUAGCUUUGUUUAUAUUCUUCCUUUCGUGUGGAUUGUGGAUACGUGUAUGGAUUAAUUUUGACUCGGCUACGCGGCGACUCGGAUCUCCGCGUUUGACUCGGUCCUCGCUCGUUUCCGCCGCGUUUUCGCAGAAUGUGGCUUGCCUUAUUUGCAUGCCGGGAUUUAUAUUGAAUUUGCAGUCUCGAUAUCGUAGGGUUUCCUCUUUGUUCUUUGCGGUUGGUUUUGUAAUCCGUCGCGGGGAAAACGGUGGCAGAUUACGUAAUGCUAUGGCGGAGAGGAGAAACUACUUGUCGAAAGAGGCUAUAGAUGGGUUACAGUAUCUGAAACGUAAAAGGCUUCAGAAAAUGAGAUCAGGCUCUGUCAAUGGAACAGUAGGUCUCAGCACAAUUGCUAGAAGCGGAGGUGAUGCUACGAGACCAUCUUCAGCGUCAUGUGGAAUGAGAUUACGGGUGACUGGCAAGGGUGGAUUCUUGAAGGAGGAGAGGUUUGAGACUGAUGAUCUUAAAUGGACCGAGAGGCUUCCAGAAUGUCCUGUCUACAGACCAACAAUGGCUGAGUUUGAGGAUCCUUUGACUUAUUUGCAGAAGAUUUUCCCAGAAGCUUCAAAAUAUGGUAUCUGCAAGAUCAUAUCUCCUUUGACGGCAACUGUACCUGCAGGCGCUGUGUUGAUGAAAGAGAAAUCAGAUUUCAAGUUCACCACCAGAGUACAGCCUCUUCGUCUUGCUGAGUGGGAUUCUGAUGAUAAAGUUACGUUCUUCAUGAGUGGGAGGACCUAUUCAUUUCGUGACUAUGAGAAAAUGGCGAACAAAGUAUUUGCACGUAGAUAUUGCAGUGGUGGCUCUUUGCCCGACUCAUUCCUGGAGAAAGACUUCUGGAAGGAAAUCGCUUGUGGCAAAACUGAAUCAGUUGAGUAUGCGUGUGAUGUAGAUGGUAGUGCAUUUUCGUCUGUACCUGAUGACCCACUAGGAAGCAGCAAAUGGAACUUGAAUAAAGUUUCAAGGCUACCGAAGUCUACCCUGCGCCUUCUUGAAACAUCCAUUCCGGGAGUCACUGAACCAAUGCUUUACAUCGGAAUGCUGUUUAGCAUGUUUGCCUGGCAUGUUGAGGAUCAUUAUUUGUACAGCAUCAAUUAUCAACAUUGUGGAGCAUCAAAAACUUGGUACGGUGUUCCAGGUUCUGCAGCUCUAAAUUUUGAGAAGGUGGUUAGAGAAUGUGUGUACAGCGAUGAGAUUCUGUCAACGAAUGGAGAGGAUGGAGCCUUCGAUGUGCUUCUAGGGAAGACAACUAUAUUCCCACCAAAGAUUCUGUUGGAUCAUGAUGUACCUGUCUACAAGGCUGUACAAAAACCUGGAGAGUUUGUUGUCACAUUCCCCAGAGCUUAUCAUGCUGGGUUCAGCCAUGGUUUUAACUGUGGUGAGGCAGUGAACUUCGCGAUGGGUGACUGGUUUCCCUUUGGAGCCAUUGCGAGUUGUCGCUAUGCUCAUCUUAACAGGUUGCCAUUGCUUCCUCAUGAAGAGUUGAUUUGUAAGGAAGCAAUGCCCUUAAACUCGUGUCCCAAACCCGAGAAUGUGGAUUUUUCACCUUCGGAAUUGUCAGGACAAAAAAACAUCAAGACUGCGUUUGUGCACCUGAUUCGUUUUCAUCAUCUGGCUCGAUGGUCUCUAAUGAAGUCAAGAUUAUGCACAGGCCUUGUUUCGAAUACAUACGGAACCAUCGUAUGCAGUUUGUGUAAACGGGAUUGCUAUUUGGCGUUUAUAAAUUGCCAGUGCUACUCGCAUCCCGUCUGUCUCCGUCAUGAUGUUAAAAAGCUUGACCUUCCAUGCGGGACAACGCGAACUCUGUUCCUGAGAGAUAACAUUGAAGUCCUGGAAGCUGCUGCAAAGAAGUUUGAGGAAAAAGGUGGAGUUUCAGAUAUGAUUACAAGUGAUGAAGAUUUAUAUGCCUAUCCAUCGCCACUCAAACUUGCAGCUGCAAAAGAAGAAGGAUAUUCACGGUAUUCCACUAUAUACUUUGACUUCAAUACCGAGUUGGAGAUGGCUUCUGGAAACCCUGUCAUGAGCUACGAAGCAAAUGCUUCAUGUAUCUCUUCUGUUGCUGAUGAUUAUGAAUGCUCAACAACUGCUGUUCACAAGCAGGUAAAUAGAGGAGCUAACUGUAGUAGCAGUAGUGAUUCUAAGCUCUCGGAAGACGUAGCAAGCAGCAGUAACAGGAAGACUCGGUUCUUCUCUGCGGUUCAAGAUGAAGUACUAGGUACGGACCAGGAAAGUGAGGGUUCUGAUUCCGAGAGUUUCAGAGUGAAACGACGUUCGUCGCUGAAAUGUGGGAACCGAACAGUUGUUCAGGAGACGAGAAGAGACUCUGAGCAUCAUCAGGGACAUAAAAGAUUGAAGAGAGCACAGAAGUACCACGAAGGAAGAUAUAGUAGUAGUAGCAGUAGCAGCAGCAGUAGUAAGGAAGAAGAAGUGUUCGUAAUUUCAAAAAGAAAGGAAACUCAUGAGCGGCAGCAAAGUGACGUGAAGAAGAUUGAGAAUCAUUUUGGUGGUGGGUUUAAACGUCUGAAAGUGACAGCGUUGAUAAGGCCAUAACGUGACAGACAGCCUUCAACUUCCUCCUAACUACAUUUUUUUUUUAACUGACUGCUGAUAAUCUCUAACAAUACGGGAAAGAAAAAGCGAAUCAAAAGCAAAAUAUUCAGUAUCUGAUUUUAUUAUGGGAGAAGAAAGAAGCAAGAAGGGGAUAACCAACCAAACAACCAACACUAUUGGGUUUGUUUUUAGGAUUUUUACCAAAUCUUUGAUUCUUUGUGUACAUCUUUCUGUACACUUUUAAACUCUUUAUGUUCCUUCUUCUUUUCAUCUUGUGAUGUAAAUCUCUUAUUUUGUUUUUUUUUGUUAUUACUGUCAACAGAAAAAGGCUAGUUUUUUUUUUCUUCCUAA